CACUCAUUUGGAUUCCUAUGUUGCGAGCUGGCUGGUGGGAAAGCGAAGUGGCAAUAUUCAUCUGUGACAACGCUACAGGGGAAAAGACGUGUCCUCCGAAAUUAAUUAUUUCUGGGAUUUUGCACAUACGCUCGUUGAAUCGCCGUCUGCAUGUUGUCCAGUCAGAAAGAAUAAAGGAAGAGGAUGUGAUGCUAGGAGCCUGAUCAGAAGAGGUUGGACCAGCUCUCUACCACUAAUCACCUUAAAGGAUCCUUAGCCACUGUCUGCUGCUAUUGGACUGGUGGUGCCUUGCACCAGAACCCCUUCCAGCCAUGAGCUAAGCCUUCCCUAUCCUGGGCAUCCUGGGUAGGAUGACGGCUGUGUGCCCUGCUGGGGUGGGACCUGCUGGGGCUACAGUGGGGUGCUCCAGGGGGUCUGGGGCUGGGGUUUUGACUGGGAGCACAGCGGGUCAAGACAAGAGAUACGCACGCUGGAGCCGCUUGGAGAGCUCGGACAUCACUACAGAUGACGAGGGGGUCCCUGGCCACCGCAUCACCCCCCUGGAGAGGCUAAACCUGGACUUGUGCCAGGACGACAGAGUGGUCCGUGAGCUUACCUUGGGCCGGCGUAUCAGCUUCUACAAGGUCCGUGGAGAGAUCGGCUGUGGAAACUUUUCCCACGUCAAACUGGGGAUCCACGCCCUCACAAAAGAGUCGGUGCUGGAUAUCCUGGCCCGAGGAGACGCACUGGAGGUCUGGAGAGCAGGUCUGGCACCCUCUGUCCUGGCUGGAUCCUCACCCUAG